UGGUUCUGAUGAUGUUAAUCGAAUAUUAUUGUUUUCAACUGAAGAAAAUUUAAAAAUAUUAUCUGACCAAUAUCAUUGGUUUAUUGAUGGUACAUUUAAGUCAUCCCCACAACUCUUUACUCAGCUUCUUACAAUCCAUGCAAUAAAAUACGACACAGUAUUACCGUUAGUGUUUGCACUUGUGCCAAAUAAAACACGUGGUAGUUAUACUAAGAUUAUUAAUGAACUUCUAAAUUUGGAAAAAAAUUUACGGCCAGCAAGUGUUAUGGUUGAUUUUGAACAAGCGCUUUUAGGUGCAAUUACAGACGUUUUCAAGGACACCCGAAUAAGAGGCUGCUUUUUUCAUUUUGGACAAUGUAUAUGGAGAAAAAUACAGUGUAUCCCUGAAAUAAGAGAAAAAUAUAUUUCAAAUGCUGACUUUGCCUUAAAUGUAAAACAGCUAAUGGCUUUAGCAUUUGUACCGAUACCUGACGUCGAAGAAAAAUUUGACGAAUUAAUGUCCCAACGUUUUUUUGUAGAAAAUGAAGAACUAUUGUUUCCAUUGAAAGACUACUUUGAAGAUACAUGGAUCGGCAGACCAAAUAGACGUAGAACUCGACGCCCACCUACAUUUAGUUUAGCACUAUGGAAUCAAUACGACGCAACACUUGCAGAUUUGCCAAAAACAAACAACUCCGUCGAAGGUUGGCACAGAGCAUUUUCGUCAUUGUUAGGUGCAUCUCAUCCAACAAUAUGGCGUUUAAUAGACACAAUAAAAAAAGAACAAGGGUCAACGGAAAUAAAAAUCAAUCAAUUAAUAGCAGGGCAAGAACAG